AUCAACCCACAUUAUAGCCUUAAUGCCAUAACAUAGCGUGUUUGUUAUUUAGACAAGAACACCUCACCACGCCCUAUUAACUACCAUAAUUUCAUCUGAACACAGAAAAGGAAAAUGAUGGUGGCUGAGCUAAGAAAAAUGAAGGCCUUCAUCUACCACGUUAUCACUGGGCGUUGGUUCAUGAUCUUUGCCUCAUGUCUCAUCAUGGCAGUUUCUGGAGCAACCUACAUGUUUAGUUUGUACUCAAAUGAAGUCAAAACCUCAUUGGGCUAUGACCAGUCAACUCUGAACUUGAUAAGCUUCUUCAAAGACCUUGGUGCCAACCUUGGAAUUUUCUCAGGGUUAAUCAAUGAGAUUAGUCCUCCCUGGGUGAUACUAGCCAUGGGGGCCACCAUGAACUUCCUUGGCUACUUCAUGAUAUGGCUUUCUGUCACUGAACGCAUUGCUAAACCACAUGUUUGGCAAAUGUGUCUCUACUUUUACAUUGGUGCUAAUUCACAGUCUUUUGCAAAUACGGGUGCAUUAGUCAACUGUGUUAAAAGUUUCCCAAGAAGCCGUGGCAGUGUGAUUGGUUUGCUCAAGGGUUAUGUGGGUCUAAGUGGUGCCAUUUUCACUCAGCUAUACCAUGCCUUCUAUGGUGACAACUCCAAAGCUCUUAUCUUCCUCAUUGGUUGGCUUCCUGCAGCCAUUUCCUUCAUUUUCCUUCCAACAGUUCGUGUGUUGAAUAUAGUGCCACAACCCAAAGAGAUCAAAGUCUUUUACAAACUUCUAUGUAUUUCACUUGGGGUUGCUGGGUUUCUCAUGGUUUUGAUAGUCAUACAAAACAAGUUGUCUUUUACAAGGGUUGAGUACAUAGUGGAUGGCGUGCUGAUUCUUCUCUUACUUCUUCUCCCUCUUGCGGUUGUAUUUAUAGAGGAACUCAAACUUCGGAAGACUCAAAACCAAACCUUCACUGAUGCAGAUGCUUCUCAUCUAAAAGUAGGGACUCAAGUUCCAUCUUCAGUUAUAGAAUUGCCGCAGCCAGAAGCACAAGCCUCCAUAGCUAUAAGUACAACAAUCCCACAAAGGAAAAACUCUUGUCUAAGCAACUUAUUCAAUCCCCCCAAAAGAGGUGAAGAUUACACCAUCAUUCAAGCAUUGUUCAGCAUUGACAUGUGGAUUCUAUUCAUUGCAACAACGUUUGGUGUUGGUGGAACGCUGACGGCACUUGACAAUUUGGGACAGAUUGGAAACUCUUUGGGAUACCCAAAAAAGAGCCUAACAACAUUUGUGUCACUUGUGAGUAUAUGGAACUAUUUAGGAAGAACAGCCUCUGGCUUUGCCUCUGAAUUCUUCUUGACCAAAUACAAGUUCCCUCGUCCCUUAAUGCUCACACUUGUCAUGCUUCUCUCUUGCCUUGGCCAUCUUCUAAUUGCCUUUGGUAUCCCAAACUCUCUUUAUUUUGCUUCGGUGGUUAUUGGGUUCUGCUUUGGUGCUAUGUGGCCAUUAUUAUUUGCCAUCAUAUCUGAAAUAUUUGGCCUUAAACACUACUCCACCUUAUAUAAUUUUGGAGCGGUGGCAAGCCCUGUUGGGUCUUACAUACUGAACGUGAGAGUGACUGGUUAUUUGUAUGAUAAAGAGGCAUUGAAACAGUUGAAGAUGAAGGGACUCACAAGACAAUCAGGGAAGGACUUAACUUGUGUUGGAGUGCAAUGCUAUAGAAUGGCUUUCAUCAUAAUCACCGCAGCAACAUUGGUUGGUUGUUUUGUUUCUCUUAUUUUGGUGCUAAGGACUAGAAAGUUUUACAAAGGUGACAUUUAUGAAAAGUUCAGAGUGGAACAAGACACAUCAGAGAGUGUUGCAACCUUGAGCAACAUUGGCUCCACUCCUGCUACCACAAGCCUGGCAGAAGAACAAAAUAAAAUUCACAGAAAAUGAUUACCUUGGUUUGAGUAAAAAAAUUCGUCUUGUAAGUUAUGUCUAAACACAACCAUGCAAUUAAUUUGCACCAACCAUGUACCCAGGGUUUUAUUAAAUUUUGGUAUAAAUUUCUCACUAAUUAUUUAUUAUUUAGUUUUAGUUUGGCAUGUUUCAUUUAUGUUUAUUUUGGGUUUUAAAAUUUGUUUGUUUGCUUUGUAUUUCAGAUUUUCAGUUUGUAUUGGACAUAUUUUUGCUAUUUGUGUUGGAAUUUCUUUUUGACACAUUUUGAGUAGAUAUUUAUACGAUUUCUUUAAUUUUC